ACACUUUGUAUAUGGACAGCAUCAAAGAAAACGCUUUCCAUCACAAUGAAGCUGUAGUAGACGAAGUAAAGAACUCGAAAGAAACUUAUUGCCUUUGAUUUAGACGUCGCUUUGUAAUGUGAGGAGGCUCCACAUGCGCCGCCACGUUCCAAUUAGAAAGUGCUCUUUGCUUGUUGUUUGUUGUUGUUACUGCUGCUGGCAGUUCAUGAACAUGAGAUAAACCACAGUCGCAGCAUGAGCAGCGAAUCGGAGCCAGAGCCAGUUAGCUUAGAGUUCAUCGAGGAUUCAUAUUUGCCCCGCAUCGAUGACAUCACCACAACGCCAUCUCUCGACGAACUGGAAGUAGAAUUGGAGCUGAGUCCAGUUGGUGAUCUUGAGACUGAAUUAUAUUUGCGUAAUCUAACACUCGACGAGAUCUUCUACGAUGUGGACUCGGAUUAUGCCAACACACUUGAGCUACAGGCUGUCGAAACGGAAUUCAUUGCUAGCAAAUUGUCGAAUCAGUCGCCGUCGAUGUCGAUGGCGAAACGUUUCCGCUUAAAGUUCUUCACAAAGCGUACAAUGCGCGAUGUAAAGGUCACGUUCAUAGACUUUUCGAAACCGUAUCUGGCUAAAAUAUCGAAUAGCGAUAACUACAAACGUUUUCUGACCAUCGGUCAUGGUGCAAAAGAUAACACUGCCCACUUGUCGGAGCCUUCGUCUCCAGCCGCAUCUGUGGCAUCUGCAGAGAUUGCCGCCGAGUAUGCAGCGCUUACCCUGGAGGAGAAGGAGCAGCGUCGCGCCGAAUGGAGCCAGGAGCUGGCACGCGUUGAGGAAGAAAUCAAUACGUUGCGCACGGUGCUGGCCUCCAAGACGCGUCAUGCAUCCGAUCUGAGGCGCAAGCUGGGUAUCACUGUGUGGAAGGAGUUGACCGAUGAUGUCAAUCAGGGUGUGAAGAACCUUAAAGAGAGUCAUGUUUACCAAUCGAUGGAGCAGAGCGUGGGCAACAUCAGUAAAGCCGUGCAUGACGCACCACUAUUCCAACGCACCGAGUCGGUGCUGAAGUCGACGGGUGAGAAGACUGCAUCGGUCUUUGGCAGCAUUACGAGUGGCAUUACGUCGAAACUCUCACAAAUGAAAAAUUCAGAAUCGAUGCGUUCUAUCGAGGCCUCGGUUGGCUCUGCCUAUGAGAACGUUAAAGUAAGCUAUGAACAGAACAAUUUUUUGUGCCAAUCUCAUGCGACGAAGGUGACAUCCCGUUCGGGUUCGGUUUCCAGUUUCCCAGACGCUCUAGAUGAGAACAACACAUCAUCGGGACUGAAUUCACCCACAGACUCUCUAACAAAAUAAUCUGCGUGUGAAAAACAUACAUGAACACACACACAGACACACACCCACUUACACACACACAAAGCAGCACGCGUAAAAUAAUCAAAAAAUAAACAAUUACAUUUACAACUUACACACACACACAAAUAUACACAGAGAAACACAGAAAAAUUAUAAUUACUAACACCAACCAAGAACGGAAUUUAAUUAUUUAUACAAAACAUGUGUGUUAUUAUUAUUACAUAUUAUUAUAAUAUUACUUAAUGUUUGUAUCUCAAAUUUAACAUAUGUUUGCGCGCUUUGUUGGCAUUAAUGAAAAAGAAAAAACGUAAAGAAAAUGUGCGUGUGAGUUACACUAAUUUUUUUUCAAAUCUAAAGUGAACUUAUUGAAUUCUUUUUACAUAUGUAAUUCUAAGUGUACGUUAAAUGAAUGGAAUGAAUAAUUACGAUCUAAACGAUAAUCAGCUAUGCAUUGCUAACGUAUUUACGCUAACUUUGUUAACACACACAUACACAAAUACGAUAUAUUUGAGAGAUAUUCUUCAUUCCUAUAUAAAUCUUUUGCCCUGUAGUAAGCUUUAAUUGAAUGAAAAUACUACUGUAUGUAUAUUAUAUAUUUU